CGUAUCCAUCACCAUCCCUCCACCACGCACAUCUUGUUUGGUCUCGGAGCUCAGUAGAGGUCAUCCAUAGCUCCUGCUUCGUAGCUCCUGCUUCGUUCCAUAUCACUCCUGAACUUUGCUUCUGACGCUGCUCAGAGUCAGAUGUGCUAGAGCCGUGUCUUUCUCGCUGCGUCCUCCACCCCUCUGCAGCAAAGACCCAUCGACCAUAACAGAUCAGAAGAGAAAGCCUCACACCGGAACGAUAGUCUUGUCAAAUCCGGAUGAAGAUGGCGAUGCUGUGGAAAGAUCACUCAUCUCGCGGCCCUCUAGUCCGGCCAGGACAGGGACCUUCCUUCUCUCCCCUCCAUCUGGUCCAGGCAGAGAUUAUAUCCGUCACAACCUCGAUACGAAAGUACUCGCGCUUCCCAUCUUCGUCAUCCUCGAGUGGCUUUGGCUUUCCUUCGGCUUCAUCUUCGUCCGGCUCUUUCGUCAGCCAUCCCAUCGCUCCAGGCUCUCAUUCGGCUUCCCUGACUGGCGCAGCACUGUUGCAAAGCAGAAGGAAGCUGGCUGCGUAUGGAGCAGAGGGCACCACGCAACGGGCGGAGACGACGGCCAUUGCGUCCACUGCAGACGGAGGGACAGACGGGGAUGGACUCAAGUCGGCACUGACCGCCAGAGCCAAGGAGACGACCAAUGCAGCCACGCCCGGCAGAGGACCUUCAUCGACGACUGCGCAAGGCGAAUCCGGGCAAGCUCUGGAGCCUCAAGCUCUCUUGAACGCCUUCACAGUUCUAAGGGCACAGCUCAAGGAGAUCGGCGACCUUUCGAAGAUGCCGUUGCCUUUACUGGUAGCCCCUUUCCUGCAGACCAUCCUCUCUCCCCGGGUCUCGGCCCCGGUCACAUCUGCAGCUCUUCAAGCCAUCAACCGCUUACUGGUAUAUCAGGUGGUGCCCCUAUCGCACACGACCAACCCCUCGUCGACGCUCGACUCCACUGCGCCCCUCGGGCUCCGCCUUGCUGUGAUCGACAUCGCUCGAGCCAUCUCUCAUUGCCGCUUCGAGUCAUCCGAGCCGAGUGUAGACGAGCUCGUGUUGCUCCGAAUCUUAGCAGUGAUGAAGGAACUGGUGUGCGGUACCAACGAGAUAGCGACAGGCGACCAACCCUCUACUCUGGCAGACCUUCUCCCCGAUGAGAGCAUCUGCGAGAUGAUGGAAACUGGCCUCAGCAUGUGUUGCCAGACCCGCCUCAGUGACCUCUUGCGAAAGACGGCAGAGCAACAUCUCCUGCCGAUGGUGCGCCAUCUGUUCUCGCGGCUGCCAUCGAUUCCUCUGACUGCCGAUGAAGCUUACUCUGCAGACAGUGAGAUACCGCCGGAUCACACAUCCCUGGCAGCGGACGAUAUUGAAGAAGUCACUUCUUCAGCUGACCCAGAUGAGAAGCGCCUCAGGAGGAUGACAAUGCCAGACCCAGGAGGCUUGAUGGUGACGCCAGUGGGUGCUGACCUUGCGGCUCAGGUACAGUCUCUCAGUGGCGAGUUGGCAUCGAUGACGGAGGUCGAGGAGAAUGAAGAGAGCAACGCGGUAGGCAGCGACGUCAAUGGAGCUGCAGGCAAGGAAAUUGGCAGGUCAAGUGGUGAUACGGCACCUGAUAGCAGCUCAGGCAUUUACAACGCAAGCAAUGGAGGAGCGCCAUAUGAAGGUCCGACUCCAGUGCAAGCCGAUGCGGAAAUCGCACCUUUCUCUGUCCCAGCUAUCAAAGAGGUACUACGGGUACUCAUCUCACUCCUCGACCCACAAUCGCCAACACAUACCGAUACGAUGCGGCUUUUGGGGCUCAAUUUGUUGACGGCGGCCCUAGAAACUUCCGGAACUCAGCUCUCUCGAUUUCCGUCACUCAAGGCUCAGCUACAAGACACUGGGUGCAAGUACCUAUUGCAGCUUGCGCGCAGCGAAAGCUUCGCGAUUGCCAAUUACGCUAUCCGAGGUAUAUGUACACUUUUCGAGGCGAUGGCCUCAGAUCUCAAGCUACAGUAUGAGCUUCUGCUCACUUUCUUGCUCGAACGCCUUGCCCCUACCUUCCCCUUGAGUCAAGAACCAUGGAACGAAGGCCUGCACGCAAUCGCAUCAUCUGUGCCAUCGCGCUUGGUGUCUUCAGCUGACGCAGGCCGAUCUUCAGCCGACGCCCCUCCGGCCCCACCGCCGCCCCCGAUGCCGAAAUCUAGUGACAAAGCCCCUGCCUCUGGUGAUACAAGAGACCUGAUGCUCGAGGCAUUGGCUCUCUUGACGGGAGCAUACAAGUCAUCGCCUUCAUUGGAAAGUGGGCGAGACGAGGACCCACUGCUGGCCCUUUUCCUGAAUUUCGACUGCGACGUAGACUGUGAAGAUUUGUGCUCUCAGAUGAUCCACUUCCUCUGUCGUGCCGUCUUUGCUUCGACCCCUCUCAACACCGUAGGGCCCAGCUCUGGUCCAGCUGCGACGACGGCCAUUCAGGACGGGACCCAAGUCUUCGCACUAGAUAUGUUGCUCUCAUUCGUUGAGAGGUUGACCGCUCGUCAAGAGGACGUCGACGACCGCUCUCUCGGUCAGUCUUGGCCCGAUGAUUUCUCCACCAUAGACAUCCUGAAACACUCUCGUGGCAGAAAAGGUGCCAUCCUAGAAGGUGCCAGACGCUUCAAUGCAAAGCCCAAGGAUGGUCUGGCUUAUCUUGAGGCGCAAGGCUUCAUCUCAGCAGAUGCAAAUGGCAGCAAGGAUGAAUCCAUUGCCAAGUUCCUCCUUGAAUGCCCUCGACUGGACAAAAAGCUUCUUGGCGAUUACAUCUCUCGUCCGGCCAAUACCGGUGUGCUUGAUGCGUUCAUCGGCUCGUUCGACUUUGUGGACAAGCCAGUGACAGAAGGAUUGCGAGAGCUUCUCGAAUCCUUCCGCCUGCCGGGCGAGUCUCAGCAAAUUUCUCGUAUCACAGAGGUUUUUGCGAAGUUCUACUUUGCCGUCGCACCGAAACAUCUCAUUAAAAGCGAAGACGCGGUAUACGUUCUGGCAUAUUCGGUCAUUAUGCUGAACACGGACUUACACAAUGCUCAGAAUAAACGCAAGAUGAAAGUUGAAGAUUACAGGCGCAAUCUCAGAGGGGUGAAUGACGGUGUGGACUUUGACCCUGACUACCUGGGAAGUCUCUACGAGAACAUCCGGAAAAGGGAGAUCGUCAUGCCUGAAGAGCACGUCGGGCAGCUCGGCUUCGAGUACGCCUGGAAAGAAUUGCUACGUAGGUCAAGGACCUCAGGCAGCUUCAAGUGCCCUACCACCGAUCAAUUUGACCGCGACAUGUUCGUCUCGAACUGGAAGCCUCUGGUGGCAUGUAUCGCUUACGCAUUCUCGACUUUCCGUGACGAGCAUCUGCUGGAGCGGGCCAUCUCAGGCUUCCGUCAGUGCGCAAUUCUGGCCAGCAAGUGGGGUAUGGAUGAGGUUUUCGACUUCAUGAUUGAAGGACUCUCGGCUAGCACUGGGCUUCUGGACCCAACGGGCCCGAUGACACUAGCCCACUCCGGCCCAAUCACGAAUCAUGCCACUGUGGAGGUGGAAGGCGCCAAGGUCAGCGUUUCACCACUCGGUGUUCGGUUUGGUACAGAUUUCAAAGGUCAGCUUGCAGCCGUGGUCUUGUUCACGAUUGCCAAUGGUAACGGAGAAGCGAUUCGCAAUGGCUGGACGCCUAUCUUUGAGAUCUUCAAGAACCUAUUCGCUGCAGGGCUUCUUCCCGAGGAGUUAGCAAGCAUGUACGACUAUGCAAGCAGAAAUCAAACACUCAGAGCGGAGGGCAGCGAGACCCCCAAAGCCGAUAGCAGUACCGCUGACCAGGAGCCUCGGGUCCCUAUUCCCCUUCGGCCCAAGAAAGCACUAGGUGCUCCAGUGCCCGAUCCUCGAAGCCAAGGAGGUGGUCUCUUCAGCACGUUGAGCUCGUACCUCCUGUCACCGUACUCGAACGUCACCGAACCUGCUCCACCCGAGGUAUCGGAAGAGGACGUGGAGUCUGCACUCUGCUCUGUCGAUUGCAUCUCAUCUUGUCGGGUGGCAGAGCUCUACGACCAACUCCUCACCCUGCAGUCCCGUGAGAGUGUCGUAGCUGCGAUUCGCUCGCUGCGACAGCUGGCUGAUCGGCUCACUCUUGGUCAAUUGGCUGCUGCAGCCGCCAGCCGUCAGCAAGCCGACGGCAGUGGGGCUGGCAGUAAUGGUGGAGGCUCUACUGGCGGUCGAUCGACGCCCGUGCAAUCUGCAGGUCCUCAAGGUCAAACGCAGUCGGCUAUUCUGCAACCACUGCCGUACGAUCCUCGAUCCGUCUUUGCCCUCGAGAUGCUCACUAAUGUGACAUGCCGAGCAGUAGACUUCGUCGGCGAGACUUGGGCCGAGCUAGCUGCUCACAUUGGCAGCCUUCUGCAGAGCCCCAAGAGCUUCCAUCCUGCUCUCUUGGAGCGCGCCAUCGUGAGCUUGCUACGACUGAUAGAUGUCGCUGCAGAAAGAGGUAUGAAAGCCGAAGUCAUGUCUGCUCUGGACCUCAUCAAGACUCUCCCUAGCGAUGUCAGGAUCACCUUGAAUCCUUCCAUCGUUGCUGGUCUGCAGCACAUCCUGUGUCGACCUCGUCGCGUACCGUUUGUCGAGUCACAAGCGGACUGGAACGAGGUCCUGUCGCUUGUGUCGGACUCUUUCACGACUCGAUCAGCACAGAGUAUCGAUCUCCUCUAUGACCUAGUGUCCGUCAUUGCUCAAUUCCAUCUGAGCUCUUCGAACUUCACCGCCGUCGUGCGACUGUUGAAAGACAUUGCUCAGACGGCGGACCCGGAGCCAGUGCUUCGAGAAAUCGGACAAAGGGAAAAGCAAGGCUACCGCCUGACUUUGACGGAGAAGAAGGAGCUGACAGAGUAUGUGGAGGCAUGUCGGGCGAAAGCUCCACUUGCGAUCCAAAAGCUGGAAGACACGAGGCGAUGUAUACCAGACAUUCUCUCUGCCACCCCGUCUUCGGCGGUCGCUGGUACCUGGUCACAAUGCUGGCUGACGCUGACGGCAGCUCUGGCAAGCCAAUGCGUCAACACUCACCGUCCCACUCGGCAAGCUGCUUUGACUUCCUUGCAGCGAGUCUUGCUGUCAUCGGAGUAUCUGCCUCAGGACUCGCCUCCAUGGGGAAUUAGACAGAUCUUCCUCAAUGCUCUCUUUCCGACUCUGGAGGCUCUGCUAGCACCCAACCUGUUUCCUCGGGAGUCUGAUGCGACGGGACCGGGCGGGUUACUGGAGACUAGGGUGCGGGCAUGCUCGAUCCUCUGCCGAUCUUUGCUCAACUUCGUGGGACCUUUGAGCCAGCUCAAUCCGAGCGAAUUGCAAGAGCUUUGGCUGCAGACAUUGGACCUCAUGAGUCGGUUUUUCCAGGCGGGCAAGAAGGACGAUCAGCUGACGGAAGCCGUCUCUGAGAAUCUCAAGAAUGUCCUGCUGGUUCUGCACGCUUCGCAAUUGCUCUUGCCGCCUCCUCCUGUACAGGAGAGUGACGGUAGAUCGCCGAGCCAGGCUGCAUUAUGGGCGGUGACCGAGGAGAAGCUGACCAAGUUCUUACCGGACUUGGUUGGGCUGUUGACCGGACCGGCUUCGGAGGAUGGAGAGGCAAAGGAGACUCAAGACUAGAGCAAUGAAUUGUGGUAGAAGUGCCAGUGUUGUAGAGGUAUCGAUUCAUUGUGUCGCUGCGGGUGAUUCAAUACAGAGCGGAUGGUUCCCACCACCUGUACCACGACGCGGACAUGUUCGGCCAUCAGCCGACGGGGAUAAGGUUGAUUGGACUGCAGUGAUGCGCACGUUGACCAUUCAUGACCAUUGUAAGUAAUGACCCGAGUGAGCGAGCAAAAUCUACUUCUACGCCGG